UUUAAAACAACUUUGCAGAAUCUGUACUUACUGUUCCAAACGUUUUCACUUAGACAGCCGCCGCUGGGAGAUUCGUGCCACCAAAAACGUCACCGCGUGAUGGCCACGGUCGCCCAGUCUGACGGACAAUGGCAAUGAGCGACUCGUGUGAGGCUCUGACAGUUACAAAUAACCGCGAUGGGCAAGAUCAAGCGAGAGAUCUGUCGGAUACGAGGACUCUUCCGAACCCGAUCACCUGGCCGUGCCCAGAUGGUUCCUUUGUAAAGAAGAUUUUACAGGUUGGUAGCGGGCUAGAUAGACCCAAAGAAGGAUCCCGGUGCCGUGUAUGUGUUGAGGUGGAACCCACAAGCAGUUUUGACUCGAGUCAUUUUCCGAUUGGGAUUAAUCAGCCGGUGGACAUAGUUCUUGGGGAGAGCGAUACAUGGUUUGCAGAAGUGGUUGAUAAAUGCGUCGAGUCCAUGCUGCAGGGAGAGCGUGGUGAAGUGCUGCUGGCUCCAGGUUUGACGGAGGCAGGAGCUGACCUGGCCGCCGGGCUGAGCUUCACCGUGACCCUGGAAGAGUUCACCAUGCACAAGGACUCGUGGGCGAUGACAUUCAAUGAAAAGUGGCUCUCCGCCAUGCACCACAAAGCCAGAGGCACGGAGCAUUUUAAAAACGGGAACCUCUUUGGAGCCACGCGCCGCUACGCAAAGUCGCUGAGGCUGCUGGUGUCGGUGAAGUACGAGGUCCCCCUGGAGAGAGGGGAUGAGUACAACAAGGCCCGCUGCGCACUCUACUCCAACCUGGCCGCCUGCCAGUUGAAGCAGAACCAGCACACAAACGUCAUCCAGAACUGCUCGAAGGCGCUGGAGAUCGAGCCCAACUCGGUCAAGUGCCUGUACCGCCGGGGCCAGGCAUACGCCUCCAUCAACGAGGUGGACAAGGCCAAGAGGGAUUUGCAGAGGGUGCUGAAGCUGGAGCCGGGCAGCACUGCUGCCGCACAGCAACUCCGAACCCUCACUCAGCAAGCCCGAGCUGACAAUGACAAGCUGGGCAAAGCAAUGAGUAAGCUAUUCAGCUAGGGCUGACCACACUGACUGAUUUACACCAACUAUCUAUUUGUUGAAACUAGUCUUAUUUAAGAAAUAAUUCCUGAAUACAGGACAACUUGACGUUUUUGGAUCGGAUUGUAUGUGUUUACAAAGGAUGUUGGAACACACGAAGUGUUGGAAUAGCACAGCAUCCCAGGAGGACAUGGAUACGUGGUGUUUCGGGCAGGACCCCUUCUUCAGUCUGAAGACAUGUCCCAACCAGAAACAUCGCCGAUCCAUAUCCUCCUAGCGCGCUGAGUUACUCCUGCACUUUAUGUCAUGCAGAUUCCAGCAUCUGCAGUUCUUCGUGCCUCAAUGUUUCUGUAUUGUUGUACACUUUGUGGUCAUAGCCACGGUAAAGUUGCUUUGCACGAAAUUCCUCAGCUCAUUCCGUAAUGUUUGUUGAUAAAUUUUGCUGGGAAUUUGUUCGUUAUCCCGAUGGUCUUAAAAGUAAAGCAACUGGCUGAUCUCCUGAGGUUUCGAUUGGAGAUAGGGUGGGGCUUGAAACACUGUGACAAGAUUUAGCUGCUAACUGGAAUUGUCAUCCAUUGCUCCAAUGACUAUAUAGUGGUCUGGUUAAUCUCUGAGACGAUGCUGGGUUUAACUGGUGUUUACAUAUUGCUUGUCUUAUUACAAAUUUCUGCCUUGCUUAUUUGGACAAUCGUGAUGUGUCGUGUACAACCAAACUUAAAUAAACUUCCAGAUUUCCUGUGAAACUACCUUGUGAAGUUGGAUGUAUUUGCAAAGACUGUCAUCUCUGUAGAACAUAUGUCAUUGCUAAAAUGUUAUGUCACACUUACAACAUUGUAAGGCCUUAAUUUUAACUCUAGUCUGAUUUCCGGUGCUUUGCUUUUGUACAUUGACUGAAUUCAUGGAGUAAUUUACUUGUUAGGCUGGAGAGACGUUUGGCGAGAAUGUGCUUUGACCUGCUGUUUAAUAGCACAAAGUGCAAAUGUUGAAUGGUGGAUGUAUUCAGGAAUGUAAGCAGCAUUUUGUGGAAAGCAAAACAGGUUCUGACCUUCCAUCAGAACUGGGCAACGUUGAAAGAAACAUCAAAUAUGUUUUAAAUAUCUGAGAUUGGGGAGUUGUGGAGAGAACGACGUGAAUGUUUGUCACAGGGUAGAGACCUGAAUGACACAAGUGUUGGCUGGCUGAUUGGAAGCCUGAAAUCCAUGUUAGCAAUGUGAAAAAAAUGUUUGAGUUUGUAUUAAAGUCGCAAAUAAAACUGUAUAGUCUUAAGAAA